AUGAUCGGCUUGCACGAGCGCGGGCCAGCGUCGCCGAGGGCGCCCCCCACCACUUCCGUGGGCGUAGCGCCGCCCACAGUGGGCGGCCGACUGCGCGACCGCGCCGCCAUCGCCGUCGACUACUACAACGGGCGGGUGCAGCGCGCUUGGGCGGACGCCGGGCUGGGCGUAGGCGGAGCCAGUCACCGGGCCUCCUUCAACGACAGGCACGGAGAGAAGGGCGGGGCGGGCGGCAGGAAGGCGGAGUACUUGCAGGCCGACCACCUUUGCAGGAGCAAUUCCAGCUUGGAGCUCUUGGACCACUCGGGCCAGCUGUCGCAAUCCGAGGCGCCGUUUUUGAGGCGCGAGUACGGCAGCCACGGCUCGAUCGACGUGGUCGAGAGGGGAGCGCCGCACGGUGGCAAAAACGGCGCUCGACAUGUCUCCAACGAGUUCUUCCAGAUGCUGCAGGACUAUCGACCCGCGGGGCUAGUCGGCACCGAUCAACGGUCGCCGGGACCUUCGGAAUACCUUCGAGGAAAGGUAGAAGGAGGUGCGGAGGAGGGUCACGUGCCGCACAGCCCGAAGCACCGCACCAAGGGCAAGAAGCUCUUCUGGGCCAAUGCGUCCGGAACGAAGCAGGCUAUGGACGACAGCACGAUGAACUGCUCAUCGACGUCCAUCAACAGUUCCGCUGCCGUGGAAACGGACGAGAUCGCCAGGAGGAGGGCUUUCGCCCACUACGACUGCCAAUCGCUGACCACGAACUUGAGGCUGCGAAUGAAUUUGCUGGCGAGGCGAAGAAACACCACCACUGGCGCUUCUGCUGCCUCGAUGUUGACCAGAUCUUCCACUCCCGACGGCGACAGUGAGGAUGAUUGCGGCGAUGGCAACAGCAACGACCUGGUGGACAGUUGUCCGUUUUUUCGCAACGAAACGGGAGGCGAAGAAGAACGGAUUGUUAGCCUGUCCAGGCUACAGAACGGGGGCCACAGCAGGAAACCGCUGCAUAGGCCGCCUCUCGCUUACGGGGUCGCCGUAUUGGAGUUCGCCCCUGGCAAGACGCACUGGAGGCAUUCCACGUGCCCCUACCAAAGAUUUCCGAGGCCCAUCGAAAACAUCGAUCAGGGAGCGUUGUAUUACAAGAAGUUCUUCGUCGGUCAAGAACAUCAAAAUUGGUUUGGAAUGGAUGAACGACUGGGGCCCGUUGUGAUAUCUAUAAAAAGAGAAAAAGUGAUACAUCCUGAAAAUCAGUUGACAACAACUCUUAUGCAAUAUCAAUAUAGAUUAGUGGUGCGCACGUCCGAACUGCACACCCUCCGAGGCGCCGUCUUGGAGGACGCCGUGCCGCACAUCAAACCGUCCGGCAACGCUGCCAAAUCGCUCAACGCCAAAGAGGUGCUCGAAUACGUCACGCCCGAGGUGCAGCUCGGCUGUCUCCGGCUCGGCUUCAAUAGCAAGCAGGUCGUCGACCAGAUACUCAAGCUCGACGAACAGGGCCUCACCAACCACUAUAAGGUAGGUGUGAUGUACUGUAAGGCGGGCCAAAAUACCGAAGAAGAAAUGUACAAUAAUGAAGAAGCAGGUCCAGCUUUCUUAGAGUUUCUAGAAACGAUCGGCAAGAGAGUAAGACUGCAAGGAUUUGAUAAGUACAAAGCUGGAUUGGAUAAUAAAACCGACUCGACCGGCCUCUACUCUGUGUACGCCCAAUACCAAGAGUGCGAGGUCAUGUUCCACGUUUCGACCCUGCUGCCAUUCACCAAGAACAACCGGCAGCAGCUGCUGCGCAAACGCCACAUCGGCAACGACAUCGUGACGAUCGUCUUUCAGGAACCGGGGGCGCUGCCAUUCACGCCCAAGGGCAUCCGGUCGCAGUUCCAGCACGUGUUCGUCGUGGUCAGCGCCAUCGAUCCCUGUACGGAGAACACGCACUACAAGGUGGCUGUGAGCAGGUCAAGGGACGUCGAGGUGUUCGGCCCGCCGAUCAAAGAAGGCGGGAUAUACCCGAAGGGCAAGGUGUUCCAGGAAUUCCUGCUGGCCAAGGUGGUGAACGCCGAGAACGCCGCCCACAGAUCGGAGAAGUUCGUCACUAUGGCGACGCGCACGCGCCAGGAGUACCUCAAGGAGCUGGUCGUCAACCAUUCGACCAGCACCAUUCUCGAUACGGGGCAAAAAUUUUCCAUAUUCAGUACCAAAAAGAAAGAAAAAAUCCGUCACCGGUUCAUACCGGACCUAUGCCAAAGAGGUGCCAUUUUGUGGCAAGUAUUAUUAGACGAUAGCGGCCAAGGACAGCAGAUCGAAUGCUUCCUCGGUAUAUCCUCGGACACGUUCGUGCUGAUCGAGGAGACAUCCAAACAGAUCGUUUUCGUGACGCCGUGCAAGUCGGUGUUGGGCUGGUCGCCGCAAACGAACAGUUUGAGGCUGUACCACCACCAGGGGGAGUGCAUGACGAUACACAUGCGCGAUUCGCACGCCGACAGAGACGAGCUCAUGGAGAUCAUGGACAGAUUGAAGGCUGUCACGUUCGGACAUCUCGCGCAGGAGGUGACGAUCAGCCGCAACAUAAUGGGCCAGCUGGGCUUCCACGUGCAGCCAGACGGUGUGGUGACGCUGGUGGAAAUGCACGGGCAGGCGUGGCAGGCAGGGCUGCGUCAGAACUCCAGGCUCGUCGAAAUCUGCAAGGUUGCCGUAGCGACUCUCACCUACGAUCAAAUGGUGGAUUUGCUGAAGACAUCCGUUACUGUGAUGCUGACUGUGAUACCGCCGCUGCCUGACGGCUCGCCAAGGAAGGGCUGUACGCUGCAGAACUGCAAGUACAACGAGACGAACUACGAGGGCGACUACGAUAACACGAGCACCGCCCACACGGGAGGCGGCGGCGAGGACCCUUCGGACCCGCCCGGCAACAAGGGGGCGGGUCGUGGGGCGGGCGGACAGGCGCACUCGGGCGGCCAUCAUAGGCGCGUCUACGAGCGCAGCUUCUCGCCGCCGAGGAGCAGCAACAGCUCUGGGUACGGCACGGGGAGCAGCAGCAAGAGUUUUCACGGGGUAGAGGGGGGUGGGAGGUACCAGGGGAACGGGGUUGAGGGAACCUUGGCCAGUUUGUCUAGCGUCCAUUCCGGUGAGGGCGACAAGUGGUACGACAUCCUGCAGGAUUUCGAGGCGCCGUUCGUCCCCCUCAAAACCCACCAGCACUCCUCCACCUCCUCCUCCUCCUCUUGCACCAACGUCCGCCACGUGAACAACACCUUUCCGGGCACGCCGAAGCGCAACGACGUCCAUCAGGCGGGCCACGGUCACCACCACUACACCAUCCAACACAACAAGGUACAGAUGAGCAAUUCGUUGCCGCUGCAGCACGUGGAUGUGUCGCAGCCAUUGAGCGCUGUCGUUCACAACAAUGCGAACGAGCUGGAAUUGUACAAACGACAUAAGAACAACAUCAUCAAACAGCAUAACGACAGACUGAGACAGGAGAGCGAAUAUGCGUAUGCUAGAUCCCAGAAAUUUUCCGACUACGCCACGUCGGACUUCCACAAACUGGGCGUGGUAGGCCUACCCCUGCCCUCGGGCGACACUAUCCACUCGGCGGGCAGCUCGAUCAGCGACCGCCUCAACCUGCUCGGCGUAGGCGGGGCGGCCAGCGAGGACGACCUGUCGACGGGCAGCGCGGGCGGGGGAUCCCCGAGGGCGGCACGACGGGCGGCCAAACAUGCAAAUAACUCGCCCUCGGGUUAUUCGGCCAGCAAUAGGACUCACAGUCCGAGGUCGGCGAACGGCGAGGCGAAGUUGAGGCCGGGAGUGACGGCGAGAUCGUCGAAUCGGAAUAGCGCCAAUUUGUCCACGGCGUUUCAGGAGGAGUUGUUGAGGUUGAUCAAUCCGGACAACAUCGAAGCUACGUCCGGCGAUCACCCCAAAGACCCGAAAACGCAUUCGUCCUCGCGAGAUAACCUCAAUCAGCCGAUCAGUCUUCACCGUACGCAACCGGAAGUCAUCCUGACCACUGCCCGACCGGCCACUGUAAUUUCUAACUCUAGUACCACGUCCAGCCCUUUGCCCCAAGAAGUAAAAACACUGAAGUCCCAAGAGGAGUUGUCAGGGCGCUUGAAAUCCAAACCGCCGCUAAGUUUCCCCGAUGACUUUCCGCUGCCCGAGGACAGCGAUUGGCCCAGCUUGGUGGACACCGCGACCAGCUUCAUGAACCAGGUGGGAGGCGGAGGAGGAGGAGGAGGUUCCGCCUCGGAGGGGGGUAUGAUGAAGGAGCGGGAGACCGGCGGGUAUUGGAACGGCGAGGAGGCGGCCAUCGAUGCGUCCAUCACGUCAUCGGUGAGUUCGAGUACCAGCGUGCCCGAGCUACAAAACCACGUCGCUGAAUUGGAACUCAAAGUGAACAGGGAGACGAGACGACGAAAGUCGUUGGAGAACGAGGUGAGACGACUGACCGACGAGAACAGAAAGUUGCAGGAUCAGGCGAACGCGGCCGUGCAACAGCUCAGAAAAUUCACUGAGUGGUUCUUCAAAAACGUGAAGAAACAGUGA